AUGGCGACAGCCUCUACCCUUCAUCUUAUUUCCCUUUUUCUUUCCUUCUCUUUCGCCUUUGCUUCUUUCUCCUUCUCCACCAGGGACGCCGCUGUCCUCCUCAGUGUCAAGAACACUCAGCUCGACGACCCUGAUUCCUUGCUUGAUGACUGGGUUGAUUCCGUUACCCCCUGUAACUGGACUGGCAUCACUUGUGAUGAUCGCACCCAUCAGAUUCUUGCCAUUGACUUCUCUGAGUUUGGCACUCUCGCCGGUCCCUUCCCGGCGGACUUCUGCCGGAUUCAGACUCUCCGGCAUCUCAGUAUCGCUAGUAACUACUUCAAUGGUAGUAUCUCUCCCGCCUCUUUUUCUCUUUGUUCGCAUAUCACGCUUUUGAAUAUCUCCGACAAUAUGUUUGUCGGGAACUUACCAGAAUUUGAGCCGAGAUUUGUUAACUUGACGGUUCUCGAUGUGUCUUAUAACAAUUUUACCGGCGAGAUUCCUGCGAGUAUUGGUGAAUCGUUAUUGCUUCAAGUUUUCCAUCUCGCUUCCAACUUUUUCUCCGGUAGAGUUCCUGAAUCUCUCACAAAUCUCACCGAGUUAACAGAGCUCUUAGCACCGGAAAAUCAAUUUCUAUCAGGUCCGUUGCCGGAAAACAUCGGACGUCUUAAAAAACUCCAAAUUUUCCGAAUUUCAAACACCAAUCUCUCCGGUAAAAUACCUGAUUCUAUCGGCGAUCUAUCCUCCAUCAAAAGUAUCGAUCUUUCUACAAACUCACUCACCGGCAGCAUUCCAGAUAGUAUUGGACUUCUGAAAGGUAUCGAAUAUCUUUGGCUCUACGACAAUGAUCUAUCCGGCGAACUACCAGAUGUGUUUGCGAAUCUAACUUCUUUGAUUCAGUUCGAUGCUUCUCUGAACAACUUCACCGGAAAACUACCGGCUAGUCUCGCCGGUUUACAUCUCCAGUCACUAGCCGUUAACGACAAUCAGCUUGAAGGUGAAAUCCCGACGGUUCUUUCUUCAAACUCCAUGCUUACCCAGUUGAAACUGUUUAACAACAAGUUUUCCGGUCGAUUACCGGAAAGUUUGGGUAAAAGUUCAGGUUUGGAAGAGUUUGAUGUCUCUGGUAAUCAACUUGAAGGUCCAUUGCCUUCGAAUCUUUGUUACAAGAAGAAGCUUCAGAAAUUCAUCUCUUUUAAUAACCGAUUUUCCAGUGGUAUUCCGGCGUCAUUGGCCGAUUGUAAAUCCGUUUACUAUGUUCCAGGGUUCAAUUCCUGA